CCGGGGAUCCCAAACAACGAAUUGUUAUUCGAUGCCGGAGAGGUGUUGGCCAGAGCUGCUUGCAGUAAUUCGCCAGGGCGCCAACAAGGUCGGUCCGACUUGAGUCCAGAUCGUUUGUGGCGCCAAGGCCGUCCUGACUCAAGCUGGAGCAGCCACGGCAGCGGGCUUCGACAGCGGCUUCAUCAUCACAUCAAUCGUUAUGAGUGCCGCGGCAACCCGACCCGACCCAGAGUCCUCGGCCGGCAUCCGCCGUGCCGCAUCGCCUCUGCAAGCCGAUGGCCACCCCGACGCGUUCCCCAGCGAGCAAACUGAUGCAACCGGUUUGCUCCAGCCAGCGCCUCACGCGAUGCCGGACUAUCUCUCCGAAAUCAACGAGGAGCCUGAAGUCUCGCUGAGCGCUCGGCUGAGCGAUAAUGACUUUCAAGAAGCCGAGCUCACGGCAUGCCCGAUCGACUCGGUGGACGACCUCGAUGAACCCGUCGUUCCCACCGACGACGAAAUCUUUCCCCUCUAUCGCGACAUGCUCCAGAGCGAACGGAAAGCCGAGCUGGAGCGCAUCGAGCACAGCUUCGGGGAUUCUCAAUUGCGGAAUCGCGAGCCUACUUUUGCCUUGGGCCGAGCCGAGUCGAUCCGUGCAGCACGCAGCCGCACCAGCACUCGCAAGCUCACCAAGAGCGUUCGACGCGGGCUCGCAGAAACCGAGAGCAAUCUCGCUGAGCUGAGUGACGAACUGUACCAGGCGCGGAGCCUCCAACAAAUGAGUCUACGUGAAAUCGAAAAGCUCGAAGUGGAGAUGAGGGCGCUCUCAAAGGCCACCAAACGAACCACCGAGCGUCAUGUCGCUAUUUCAGACGACAAAAGCGUUGCAGGACUGGCUGACGAUGGCUACCGAGCCAAGAAGAUCAAGAAUCUCACAUCCGAGCGAGCAAUCCAAGUGUCGGUCGUCGAGCAGUGCCAGCAAUUGAUAUCAAAGAUCCAGGAGGCUGUGGGCCCCACCGAGCGCUUGCUGACCCGAUUAGAGGAGACCCAGGACAAGUUCGCCGUCAGCCAGGGCGACCAAGGAGAGGUUUUCCAGUUCCCCACCGAAGUACUUCCGAAGCUGCCUGAGAAGUCCCCAACUCGUCGCAAAUCCAAGGCACUGGAGAGCGCACACGGGGCGCUCCCGGGUCAGUCCACAAAACGCACCACUGCAAUCAACAGCCGGCCCAAGCCAGACCGAAUCAUGGAAAUAUUGGAUACCAUCGUACGGGAGGAGUUUGUCAAGAGCCGGAAGAACAGGUCUCGCGAGCACAUUUGGGCCAAGCUGUGUCGCCAGUUCCAAGACAGCCAGAAGGAUACCGUGGCUGUAGAGCGAGAGACUGCUAGAGGUCUGAUGCACACUCCAUUGGCUGCGAAGGAUGACGACAGCUACGAGGAUGGGACAGAGCGAGAGCUGGCUCCGAGUGCAGCUGCGAUUGCCGACCGACCGAAAUCUGGAUUCGACAAGUUUGACUCGCAGGCAGACCUCUCCAAGUCCCCGGCCAAGAAGCACAUUCCCGUCCCGCAUCACGUUGUGAGGUCGGCUAAAGAAGAUGUCCCGCUCUAUCUGAGCUCCACGGCGCCGUUUACGGCGAGCCCAUCCAAGGUCAUGUUCAAGGACUACACCCCGGGCAUGGUUUACAGCAAAACAGUCACCGUCACGAACACAAGCUGCAUGGCCAACUCAUUCCGGCUGCUGCCCAUCUCGGUGGACCUUGCAAGCUUCUUUGAGGUCACAGAGAAGCCAUCGGGCCGCCUCAGUGCCGGCAUGGUCUGCGAACUGACUGUCAUCUUCCGUCCUCCCGGAGAUUUCAGCGACGAUGUCUCCCAGGGCCUGAUCCGGUUCUCCUCCGAGUUUGGCGAUGGCUUCGCUAUCGAGGUGGGAUGCCGAACACGCAAAUGCGUGCCCGUGGUGGACACCAUCGCGGGCAAGGGUAUGCUGGCCUUCAAGCUGGACUAUACUGCCCUGAUUCCAGCCGAGAGUCUGAUCGAUCCUGCGGAGCAUCUCAAGCCCGGCAGAAAGGUCUCGAGUUUGCACUACAUUACCGAGGGUCGCGAGGUUGUUGUCGACUUUGGGGCGUGCAUCGUCGGCGACUCGGUCUUUCGAGUGAUCGAGCUCAAGAAUCUCGGCAGCAUUGAUGUCGACUACACGCUCCGACCCGACCGGCAGGAGAACCUAUCUCAAGACGUGCCCCCCGCUGCCAUAUCAUCCUUCCAGAUCGUCCAUGGCAGCAGCGCCACUUUGAAGGGCUACCGCCAUAGCAAGGUGAGGAUCGAGUAUCGCCCAGGGCUUGACAUUGCCGAGUCCAAGAAGGAAAUACAGACCUUCUUUGUCGAGUUCGGAAACGAAAAAUGCAGCCCGAUCCGGCUCCGGUGCGUUGCCGUCGGUACGCGGGCGCCGAUCCAAGUGGACCACACCCAAGUCAACUUCAACAUGUGCGUCAUCGGCAGCACAUACCGGGACUGCCUGAGCUUUUCAAACUGUGGAUCAAUCGCUCUCAAGAUCUGGAUAGAGGUGUCUCUCUCGGAUGUGGAAGAGAGCUCUGAUCGCAAUCCAGCAAGCCCAGGCGCCUCUCCGAUGCAAGCCAAUCACGGCGAGAUCCUCUCGAUUCAGAUCCCACAGGUGGGCGAGAUCGACAUUUCACCCGGCACAGCCUUUGUUCAGCCAAGCGAGCCCUUCCAGGUGUGGUUUGCGUUCAAGCCCUCGCUUGGAAGCCAUGAGGCCGAUAUGGUGGGCUCCAAGCCCUUCAAGCUCAAGGCCGUGGUGCGAUACACCCACUCUGGAGUCAGCUGCAGCAUCCCGCUCACCAUCAUGGGCAACAUCACCACAGUCGACGUGUCGUUCGAGUACCCAAGCAACGCCAGCAACAUAUCGUUUGGACCGUGCUCUGUGUACGAGGCUAAACAUGCGGCGCUCCGGAUCAAAAAUCACUCGAUGCUGCCGCAAAAGCUGCGAUUCAGGUCGUCUCAUGCGUGCCUGACGUUCCUGGAGCAGUCCCUGAACAGCAAGGAGGCCGGGACAGAGCACUUUGUUGAAGUGGGUCCCUCGCAGAUUGUGUCCAAGACCCUUCAGUUUUUGCCCUCGGAAGAGGGCCAUCACGAGAUGAAAAUCAUGUGCAUGUCCACUUGGAACAAGCGCUGGGAGAUCAAGUGCACAGGCUUUGGUAUAAAGCCGCUCCUGCGGUUCGGGCAGAAUGAAGUCAUUUUCGCAACGACCGGUCGAGGAAGCACCCGCACAACCAAGGUCCGGCUGAUACACAACUCCAGAAGCUCGACGACAGCACAGCAAGGGUCACAGUCCAUGUCCCUGGACGAUGUCAGCGGCCUGGCCGAUGGCAAAAGAGAGGUGGAGUUUCAGUUUGGAAAACCAAUCGUUGUCCACGUCUAUGAGGGCGAAUCUCUGGACUACGGGGCUGAAUGGAAGUCCAAGGCUACGAGCAGCCGAGUCACCACAGCCAUCCAAGAUGCCUCGAUCCAUGCCUCGCAGCACGGCGAAGUCAACCUUGUCGUUUGUCCCAGCCAUGGUACCGUCGGACAGGGCAAGACAGCGAGUAUCGAGAUCAGGCUCGUCACCAAGUUGCCACCCAGUCCCAGCAGCAGCCCGCCUGAGAGAGCUCCAACGCCAUCCAAACUCAUCGCCAAAGGCUCAGGCGUACCGGCUAUGAAUCGCUCGGAUACGCUGAGGGACAAAGACAGGGACAAGGACAGGGAUAAAGAUAAAGAUCGUCAAAAGGAACGCGAUACCCUCGGCCAGUCAAUUGGAGUGCCUCGAGAGAUUGAUCGGGCUGGCUCAACAAGCAUGCUCGAUAUCGGCUCGCUCAAGUCGGCCAUUCCCCCGUCUGUCUGGGUCGUGUUCCAUGUGCCGUGCCACAUCAAGGAGCACAUGCCGACUCCCCGCAUACCGCCAAACUCAAAGACCCCCCGCAAAUUCAGCGACACCCCGAGCGAGAGUCGAGCGACGAUCCUGUAUCUGCGUGUGCUGGCGCACUUGGUGCUGCCCAAUCUCGCUCUGAACAACGAGAGCCAGGUGGUGGACUUUGGUGUCGUCCCCCUGGGCAAGCGCUUCGUGCUAUCGCGCAACGCAAAGAACAUUGGCGUCGAGCCCUUCCAGCCCAUUUGCGAAGGAAUCAAUCCCAUCGGCCCAUUCUCGCAAGUGAGCACCUUGCGAAUGACCGACCCCGAGGCCAUAUCCGAGCUCAAGAUCGCAUUCUGCCCAGACGCAUGCCACAAGUUCUACAGCACCAUCUACAUCACCAACCAGAUCUGUCGUAUUCCACUCUAUCUGAUUGGCGAGGGCAUCAUCCCAUCGGUUACGAUCGAGCCGAGCACCAAGUACCUUGGCUUUGGCGACAUUCCCUUUGGGGAGACUGGCGUCAAGAGCUUCAAGCUGAUCAAUCACAGCACCAUCGCUGUCUCUUGCCGCGUCGAGCUCGAGUCCACCCAGCGAUUCCUAGAUGUCUCCAUCCCACGCGAAGCCAGGGCGAGAGGGUGGAAAGGCCGACAGAUCUUCACUGUGUCCCCAUGGAAAGCGACGGUUCAGCCCAGCGCCAGCACCGAGUUCCAGGUGCACUUUGCCCCAGAUUAUCCGUCGGAAUGCUACUUUGACACGGUGUUGGUCUAUGUCGAAGGUUUCGACCGGCCCCACCAAAUCGAGGUGCACGGCAGAGCAUGGGCAUACAAUUGCUAUGUCCAAGGCUACGAAAUCGAUACAAGCUACCGGCUGUCGUCACUCGGUCGCUCCUAUGUGUCGCAGACAGACAAGCAUCAAUUCAUGAAACUCUACAAACUCGACGGCCUGUCGCUGCUGACCGAGGACGAGAUGGAACGGCCAGGAAGCAGAAAGGGCAAGAAAGAUGCAUCAGGUCCCAAAGACAAGGAUAAGGACAAAGACAAGGACAGAGAGAAAGACAGAGAGAAGGACAUGCACAAGGAUAGGGACAAAGACACCACCAGCGGCUCGGACGACAAGUCAACGUCCUCGGAUCUGAAGAGCAUCCACACUCGAGCGUUGGAGGUGAUCACGCGCGUGUCCAACGUCCAUUUCGGCCAGGUUCGCUGCGUAUGGAAGCAAAACCCUGUCGAUGGCAGCUGGACACUGCCGGCCGGCAGCGAGAUUCUGCACAUUGUCAACGCCAAGCCGAACAACCUCAAGGGCGACUUGAAGAAGCCGCCUGUGGUCGAGUAUACCGUUGAGCCGCUCAACGGCACUUUUGAGUUCGACAGGGAUUCCGAUAGCUACAUUAUCCGGACGCAGCGAUACCUGAUGCGAAGCGAUACCACCUUCAGCUUUACUCUCGAGCCGACCAAGGGAACUGUCGAUUUUGGAGCAAGCAAGGGCUUGAAGCUGCUGCUGAGAGCACCCACCAAGGAAUUUUGGAAAGAGCUCAAGAAGCAUGAGGAGCCAAGCACCGAUGCGACACUGCACAAGUUUGCUUCGGCCGAACAGCUGCCCGAGGUCGAAACCUGUCUUAUCAUCACAACCAAGGGCGGUUACCGAUUCCAGGAGCCCAAGGGCACAGCUAUGGACCAGCAAGUGUGGGUCAUCAAGCUAUCGUCAGUCCAUCCGUGAGAGCCCGACGGUGCAGUCCCUCCGAGAGUGAUAUAGUACGCUCUGUUUGCUUCAGAACUGUGAUCGCGUGUCAGAAUAGAUUGUGAGAGCAUG